AUGAGCGCGCCGCCAAAGCCCUCGGGCUCCUCAGCAAGGGGCCUCGAGCCUGGCCAUGCCGCCGACGCCCGCCCGCGAGGCCCUGAAGCAAGCGGCGAGCUGGAUCUGCUGGCCGGGCUCUGGCAGGUCGCGCCGUUUGCUCGUCUCCCGGCCGAUGCGCCGCCCGAGCUGAGCGCCUACGUCCAGGAUGUCGACAACCCCCGUCGCGUCUAUGCCAUCCAUCGAGCCAGCCGCCGUCACGACUUCCAGCAGCUCGUCGACAAGUACAUCUAUCAGUUGAGAACCGGCUGUGGUGCGCCGAAUUGCUCCACGGCUACCUGCUUCUCCUGCCGCAAGCGCCUCGCUGGCAAGGCGCCUAUCCGCCGAUACAAUCCGACAAGCGCGAGAACGCUGGCCGUCUAUCUUGCCAGCCAAGACAAUCCAUACUCCGGCCUCUGUCCCUACCUCGGCUCCCCUCGAGAAGUUCCUCCCGCGACCAACAGCCUGAUCUUUUCCACUCGGCCUUCGCCAUCUCAGCACGGCAACCGUAAAUCCUCAGAUCCACAGACAUCCUCCCGGCGGAAACCAAGCUUGGAGUGUCUUGCCAAGGCUCCUCCUUGUUCUACAGCAGCAACAAGAUGCCGCUCGCCGUCUCUGGAGAAGCAACGCCUAGGCAGCCAGCCCGGCGAGUCCAAGAAUGAUGGCACCCCCUCGCGGCUUGGUCAGAUCCCGGCAUCCCAGAUUAGCGUCACCGAAAAGGCAGUGCAGAAGGAUUACAGGUCGUUUGCCGUGGCCACUUUUGGCACCGUCGCAUUCAAGAUGUUGGAGUGGCUUACACCACAGUCGAUUGAAGCUAUGACGGACAAGAUCUCUGAGCUGGGGGGUUAUCGGCAGAGUAACAAUACUGCUGCUGCUGCUGCGGCGGACUCCCAACAGGCCACUGAUUCUCAGAAAGACCAUAUUGACGCACAUCAACCUGUUUCCCUACCAGCCUCACAGCCUAAACGAAACAGGGCCCCGAAACCAACAAGGACCUCGAGCCAAGAUGUGGCCGAACCGCCUACGCCCAUGAAAGACGUAUCUUCCAAACCAAAGAGGAACUCAAAGACGACUCUCCGCUCUUCUCCAUCCAAGUCGAACAGGAGGACAAUGGAUCCUAUGGCCAUCUCAGCAGGAAACGAAGAGGCCAAGCCGACGUCACGCCCCCCCAGCCUAAACGGCUUCUACCCCGACAAGUUGGCUCGGGCCGGCAAGACUUCACCCGCCAUCAUCACUCGCGGCGUGCCGGAAAUACCAUCCAAGCCCGCCUUUUUCGAAAACCUAUCUCCUCCAACCCCUACCAGCACUACCACCACCACCACCACCACCACCGCGGAGGUGGAAGAGGUCGAGUCAGGGUCAUCGGAUACAGAAACUGUCGAUGAGAAGGACACGCCGAGCAGCACCCCCCCGACCACGAGAAAGGAGCACGUCGACCCUCAUGCGAAGCCGAGGCCCGUGUCACCAUUACCCGAGGCCGACUUCUCAUCGGCCAAGUUACUGCUGCCCCAGUCCUUGUCCACCCUGAAUGUCGACCUCGUCGAGUUCAUAUGCGAUGUCUUUCAAGAAGACCAGACCUACGAGAGCCAUUUCUUCGGACCUUUGGAAUCUCACGCCUCUUAUCCUAAACCCCAGAAUCUGUCAAAGAAACUGGUGAGGCGGCGGUCGACGUCCCGUGCCACGUCUGCCAGCCAGUGGAAAGCUUUCAACGAACAGGCCCUCUUCACCGUGCUGAGCGACCCUCACUCGCUUGUCCGGUCCUUUUCCCGGGAUGGCAAACUGUACGACUCUCAGACGCUCUUCUACUGCAUGCUCCGGAUGACGCGAGCGGCGCCGACCCUGGUCCUCCACAGCCUCUGGCUGGCGGCAGAGUCCCUGUUCACAACGCCAAAGUCAUUCCAAGCCUCGCAGUCUCGUCCCGCGAGGGCACUGCCCAAGAGUCGGAAGCCAUUGUCCGAUUUCGAAGCCGGCUGCGUCGUGUCAGUCUGUCUGCACGCCCUCGUUGCGGUGGCUCCCUAUGUCUCAGACUCCAAAACAUUGUACGACAUGUCGCGCAUACGAUCCACUGGAUUGGCUCUGGGUGGUAACAGUCUCUCCACGAGACAGCCGCAGGCGAUAUGUCUCGAGUACGAGGACGUCUUCUCCAACGACGUCGCCAUCCGGCUGGCCCGCCGUGUGUUCUCCGCCGUGUCCGCCCGUCGGUCCCUGGCAACGCUGAUGCGCAUGGAUGGCAAGAACAAGGCCGGCCAGAUGGACAUUCUCCAGCCACUGCUCAGCCAGCUCGACCUUGUGCACUCCGGGCCGAUCCGCGUGCUGGAGUUCCCGACAGCUGAACGCCUGCUGCACGAGACCCGCGUUCCUACCCUCCUGCUCGACUGGGCAAGGACGGUUCUCUACCACGAAUGGGAUGGCCAUGCCGAGAUAUUGUGCGCCGGUGCUUUCCACGGGGCACUGUCUCUCAUCUCCACCAUGUAUCAAAACAGAUCCAGGCUCCUCCUGGGGGACAUUCAGUUUCGCGCAGACUACUUCUCAGAGCGCCUGGAUACGAUGGAAAUGCCCGUGUCAUGGGCGGAAUCACCCUCCUCGCGGAACAAGGGGCACAUGCUCGACUACCCGUACCUCUUCAGCCCGGAAUGCCUCGUCACAUUUUUCCGAUCCAUCAACUUUGCAAAAAUGAGCCGCAUGUUUGAGGAGAGCAGCUCGCUAAAGACUAGGAUGAGCGCCAUCGUCGACCCAGGCAGCCUGGUAGCGAAUCCCCACCACAAGAUUGUGCUGCAGGACAUGCUCAAAGUGGCCUCGUCCAAGUAUCUGAUCCUGGACAUUGGCCGAGACAAUGUGCUGCGAGAUGCCUUUGACCAGCUGUGGAGGCGAGAGCGACGCGAGCUGCUGCGCCCUCUCAAGGUUCAUCUAGGCGAACAGAGCGGAGAGGAGGGCUUUGACUCGGGUGGUGUGCAGCAGGAGUUCUUCCGCGUGGCCAUCGCCGAGGCGCUUGAUCCCAAAUACGGCGCGUUUACGAUAGACGAGCGCACGCGCAUGGCCUGGUUCGUGCCCGGCUCCGUCGUCGAGGAGUGGAAGUUUGAGCUGAUUGGCGUCAUCGUGUCGCUGGCAGUGUACAACGGCCUCACACUCCCCGUCACGUUCCCCAAGGCGCUGUACCGGAAACUGCUGGGCGAGCCGGUGGAAGAGCUCUACCACAUUGCAGACGGCUGGCCUGACCUUGCCAGCGGGCUGAUGAGCCUGUUGGAGUGGAACGAAAAGGACGGCGCAGUCGAGGACGUGUUUGCGCGUACGUACGAGUUUUCGGUGCCCAACAUUGGGGGCAACGUAACGCGGGAAAUGACCAAGGACAUGGCGCAGUGGCCGCAGAACCUCGACUGGAAGAUGCGCAUCACGGUGCCCGAGGAGACCGAGGGCGACCACGAGGCGCCGCUCGUGACCAACGAGAACCGCGACCAGUAUGUCAGCGACUACAUCCGCUACCUGACGGACGUGUCGAUCCGCCCGCAGUACGAGGCGUUUGAGCGCGGCUUCCAUAGCUGCCUGGACCACAAGUCACUGUCGCUGCUGAGCCCGCAGAUACUGCAGUCGCUGGUGGAAGGCGUCCAGGAGAUUGACAUUGCCGAGCUGCGGCGGUACACCCGCUACGUGGGCUGGGAUGCGUCUCACCACACGGUCAGAGACUUUUGGUCCAUUGUCAAGCGCUACGACGACCGGAUGAAGCGCAAGCUGCUGGAGUUUGUGACGGCCUCUGACCGCGUCCCUGUUGGCGGCAUGCGGAACCUGCAGUUUGUCGUGCAGCGCAACGGCGACGGCGAGGACGGCGGGAACCGGCUGCCCACUGCGUAUACGUGCUAUGGGACGUUGCUGCUACCGGACUACAGGGACAAGGAGAUGCUGAGGCAGCGGCUGACUAUGGCUUUGGAGAAUGCCUCUGGAUUCGGCUUUGCGUAAGGGGAUGAGGUUCGCAAGGAACAUCCUUUUCUUUUUCUCUUGUUGUUUUAAGCGUCCUUUGCAUUCAUUUUCUGUAGUUGUUUUGUGAGCCCUGUGGAAUCUGGACUACAGUUGGACGGGUAUGGAGCGAUUGUUGAGCGUUAGAAUUUGCCGUCUUGGCUCUGGGUAGGAUAUGUCACCUGAGGGCUUAUCCACUAUCUAUAUAUCAUAUUUAUAUAUAU